AUGCACCCAGCAGAAUCGCCGCCGUCGACCUCGUCGCCGUUGUCGGUUUCGGAUCGGCAGCGAACUGGAUCUCAAGGCCAGGCGGCAGAUGCGAUCGGGGCACAGUCCCGCGCGAAGAAAGGUGUCACCCAUCGUCGAGCUACCCAGGCAUGCCUGCGCUGUCGCUCUCGCAAGGUCAGAUGUGAUGUCACCCACAAGGCUGGCUACUGCACCAACUGUUUGCUAGACGGUGCAGAAUGUCGAGUUAUGAAGUGCAGGCGUCGUGGCCACAGAACUAGUGAGCAUUACGCUCUGCAAGCUUCACAGAAUUUGGAUUCAAACCGAAAUGCGAGCGUCGGAUCGACGACCCUUGCUGGAGAAGGGGCCUUCUUGAUUGAGCGACCUCCCGAGACACCUGAAGAAACAAGGCAAUCGGCAAAUGAAUGGGAAGAUCGAGAGAGCACCCGACCAGAUGCCAGUCUCAGUUCCUUGCAGCAGUCGAGACUGGGUCGAGGCAGCUCCGUUUCCAAGGCACCAGAGUCGCACGGCUUCAUACUGUCCUUGUCGGAGCAACCGGACCUUCCAAUCCCAAACGAUACAGUUGAGCAGGAUGAAAGCCCUGUCGACAGAAACGACGGUUUGCUUUCAGCCCCAUCUACGCCACCGCCCCUUCCGCAAAAUGGACCAGGCUGGCACACAGCCUUGCCGGAUUUCAUUGAAGCCUUCCCUCUGCGCAGCCCCAACGACCUAGAAUUCUUGAGGCAGAGGUCGGUUUUUGUCUUACCGCCGCCACAACUCCAACGCGUGAUAAUCGACCGGUUCACCGAGUUCGUGCAUCCGCUCCUCCCAGUCUUAGAUCUCCCGGCGUUCCGAGGAGCAAUAUUUGGUGAGAAGCCAGGACAGAGGGUGUCUUUGCUUCUCUUCCACGCUGUCAUGUUCGCUGGAGUGGGAGCCGUUGAAAGUGAGAUUGUUCUCCGGCAAGCUUACAUGAGUAAGACUACCGCUAGGCAGACGUUUUACGAGAAGGCCAAGACGCUCUUUGAACUGGAGACGGAGAAAGAUCGUAUUGUUAUCUGUCAAGCAUCGCUCUUUCUCAUCGGAUGGGCCAGUAGGAGUAACUUGAAGGAUGCCACUUACUGGCUCGGCACUGCCAUUUCCCAGGCUCACGUUCUGAAAUUGCACCGAUCAGAGCAGACCAGCUCAAUGAAUCCCCCUAAACAGCACCGGAAGCGGAAUCUUCGCCGGAUAUUGUGGUGGAGUAUUCUCAUGAAAGAAUGCGAUCUUUGCAUGUCCAUCGGUCAGCCACCGCGCGUAUGGCCAUUCGGCACGCCAAUGUUGACCAUGAGCGAUCUUGGGCUGGAGGAGACGGGAGCUCUUACGAUCGACAGCCUUGCCCCUCAAUCCCAACAAGCGCUCGAUCCACUUUCCCCGGCGCUCGCCACGGUGUGCAUCUUGAAAGCUAAGCUUUGCUGGCAUAUCUAUCGCAUCAUGCGCAACAUACACGAAGACCUUUCGCCCUGGGAUGGUCAGCCAUGCGCCAACCCACUACCAUUUCUGAGACAAUACAUGGUCCAAGAACUUUACCGUUGGCGGUCAGAGAUUCCCAUCGAGCUAAACAGCAAAAAUCUGCUCCGGGACGGGUUAGGGGGUACUCCACGCAGUGUCACGUGGGCAGUAUCCGUGGUUGAGAUGAUAUACUGCGCCGCACACUUCCUCGUCCACCGGGACGGUAUGCUCAUGGACGAUAUCUCGGAGCACAUCAGCCCAGACUCUGUCACUGACCGCUGUCCGCCCACAGACUAUAGCCGGUGCUUCCUACGCCAGGCCGCCAAUGAAACAACUGAGAUACUGGAAGCGCUUCUUAACUGCGGACUGGCGAGGUUUUUACCUCCCUCUUCCCUGAUCAACAUGUGCCUGGCUGCCUCGACCUUGUUCCGAGACGCCAAUUCCGCCGACCCAGGCACGCGCAAAGCCAGCCUCCAGAAAGUGGAUGUGUGUAUCAAGGUCUCGAAACUGCUGGCGGACAUGGCACCGAGCAUGAGGGAGGUUGUCACAAAAAUGCAGGAUGCCAGAACAGGAUAUCAAGGCCGGCCUUCUCGACCAGGACCGCCUUUAAAUUCCGGAUACGCGCCUCAAUCAAACAUGACCCUGACCCAAGCGAACUUGGAGGACAGGAGUGAAAUAGAUCAUCAAUCAUUAUCGGGCAGCACUUUAGAGGUCAGCAAUACCGGUGCCGAGGAUGGCAAUGCCUCAAACGGCUAUGUAGCACCGGUGUCAUACGAGUGGAACUUGGACGACGAAGACUUCGGUCUCGCGGGGCAUGCAUUACUGGAUUUUGAUCUCAACGGGUACACUUGGGCAUAG